GCAGGACGGCCCGUCGGCGGCUCGGGGCCGCGCGCCGAGAACCUCGCGGGGCGGGCGGGCGCGGCACCCCCUGCCUGGCCGCCUGCGCCCCGGGGAGGCGGCCGGCGCGCGACUGGACCAGCAGCAUGAGCAGCGGCUACAGCAGCCUGGAGGAGGACGCCGAGGACUUCUACUUCACCGCCAGGACCUCCUUCUUCAAGAGAGCGCCCCAGGGCAAGCCCCGCUCCGGCCAGCAAGAUGUGGAGAAAGAGAAGGAAAUCCACAAUUACCUCAGCAAAGAGGAAAUCAAAGAGAAGGUUCACAAAUACAACUUAGCAGUCACAGACAAGUUGAAGAUGACCUUGAACUCAAAUGGGAUUUACACUGGCUUCAUUAAGGUGCAGAUGGAACUCUGCAAAGCGCCCCAGACGGCUGCGGACUCGGCAAGGCCCGCUCCCAGCAGCAACGGCUGCACGAACACUCUGCACAUCAGCAGCACCAACACCGUCGGGGAGGUGAUCGAGGCCCUGCUCAAAAAGUUCCUCGUGGCCGAGAGCCCUGCCAAGUUUGCACUUUAUAAGCGUUGCUACAGGGAAGAUCAAGUCUACGCCUGCAAGCUCUCAGACCGGGAACACCCGCUCUACUUGCGUUUGGUAGCAGGGCCCCGAACAGACACACUCAGUUUUGUUCUUCGUGAACAUGAAACUGGAGAGUGGGAAGCCUUCAGCCUUCCAGAACUGCAGAAUUUCUUGCGGAUCUUGGACAAGGAAGAAGACGAGCAGCUGCAGAGCCUGAAGAGGCGCUACACAGCCUACAGGCAGAAGCUGGAGGAAGCCCUCCGCGAGGUGUGGAAGCCCGACUAACGGCGCAGGCCCCCUGCCGCUCGGGCGCAGGAUACUGAUAAACCAGCAGCGAGUGUCUCUUCUCGGAGGGCUGUGUCCUUGCCCCGUGAUGUGAGGGUCGUCCCCCUUCUGUCUCUAGAUUUAGUUGCCCCACCUGGGCCGCAGCCUCCGCCCGCCGAGAGCCCUGGGGCCAGCUGUGCAGCCGCCGCCGCUCGAGGGCUUUGAAGCAUGGACUGUGGGGUUUUGUUCUUAUUUUCUUUUAGUUAUUUUGACUAUGUGAUGAUGAUGUUAAGCUAAAGGAUGUGCAAAUGACUUUUAAAAAGCUUAACAAGGAAUCUCUCUGAUUACUUGUCCUAUGUUGAAACUACCUGUCUGUGUUUAUUUUUUUUAAAUAUCACAGGGAACACCCAUGUGAAUGAAAGGCACAGGAAGCUGGGAACUCUGAGGAAUUUGCGAAGGAUUUGGGGGGAGCUUGACAUGUCAAGAAAGUAAAGCAAGUUUGGAAGAAGGCGUGAGUGAGGUUGGGGGAGUCCUGAGUGAGGGUGGUUUGGGCGAUGAGUUGAUGGUGGAGAAGAAGGUGUAUUUGUACAGGAGGUAAAAGCACUCAGCUGUGAGGUUUGAAACCCACUGUAGGGCUGCUUGGUGUCUUGGCGAAUAAAAUGUGGGAACAGAGCCAGAGAAAGUAGGAGCGAGACCGCAGGAGGGACGUGGGGCUGGCGCUGACCGGAAAGUCAGCAUUCCGCCAGGGGGCGGUCAGAGCAGGGCCGGCCUGGGCGCUGCCUUCCCGGGGGAGGGCGCAGCUUCUCGGGGCCGCGCAGGGACUGUUUGCUCACUCUCGUCGAGUUACAGCUUUUCCCUGAGCUUGUUUUCCAAGCUGAGCAGGCCUCUGGGCAGGGACCCCUGGUUCCCCCUGAUUGUUGGUGGGAGAUUUGUCCAAUAAAGAGCUCACCACACACUUCUGUGACAAUCAGCCCCUCCAUUUCCCCUUUUCCUUCCCUCCUGUUCCUCCUUCCCUCACCCUCUCCCUUUUCCCACGCCCUUUCUCUUACAAAUGGAAGUCUCCACAUACGCAGUGGAGAAGAGGGUAUGGAUGAAAGACAGAAUACUACCAGCGACUUGACCGAGAGGAAGGAGGCAAGAAAGGGCGGGCAGUCCACCCUGAGCCGACCGCAGGAGGGGCUCCUCAUGGAAACCUGCUAACAAAAGUGCAUGUUCCUACCAACCAAAGAAAAGCAUGUGCAAUAGAAGCCUCCCGUAGAGCAGGUUGAGUGACCGCAUCGCAGGCAGCAGUUAUCUGACAGCCACGGGAAAGCUGUGCUGUGGUUCUGGAGGGGGAUUUGCAGUCUAUUUUCUGUCUAGAUAUUUUUUGUUGUUUAUAAAUUCCCAAGGAAUUGUUAACGCUUUGGUGACACCUAAUGGAUUCUUUGUGAAAUUCCAAGGUGCUUUUAGUUCUUUGCCUUUUCAAUGAACUGUGCCUUUUAUUGCAUUUGUUUCCCUCUCGGUGGCUCUUCUGUCGGAGAACACCCAUCGCGUGGAGGCAGGUGUGAUGCUGGUGAUGCGCUGCCACGCGUAUCACUGAGACAAUCAUAUCUCCCGAGCUUUUCAGUGAAAGUUGGAAAAAAAAAAGGUAGAACUAGCUGUAACAUAUGUAUGGCACACCUUGUUUAAUUUUGCAUGUAAGUUCUUUUUAGUGUAUUGAGGUUUUAGUGUCGUUGUCAUCCAACACUUUAUUGUUCAGGGAAUGCCAUCAUGGUUUUUAUACUGGUUUUACUAUUCAGACUAUCACUUGAGUUUGAGUCUAGUGUUAUCAACCUCCUGGUCUUUUCUUUACCCAUCCCAGUAGGCUUAUUAUAUUUUGUGAAGCAUUUGUUUCUCAGAUUAAGACACUGUUAGAACCAAAUGUAGUAGCUGAUGGGUAUCUGUGAAUUUUUUUUUUUUUU